AUGGAGGCGUACUGCAAUGCAGUGCGCCGCCUCGAAGACAAAUUCGACGGCCUAGAGCUCAAUCAUGUCACACGCAAGUACAACGAGGACGCCGACGAACUGGCCAAGAUCGCUUCGGGGCGGACCACCGUCCCUCCGAAUAUCUUCGUCCGUGACAUCACCAAGCCCUCUGUUGAAUUCACGGAUCCGACGGAGACGAGCCCCUCGUCCGCCGGGCCCUCCAACGAGAACCCCCCGGCGGACGAGGCCGAGGCCAUGGACAUUGACUUCGGGACCACCUCCGCGGACGAGGCCGAAGCAAUGGAAGUCGACGAGGCCCCCACUUCGCAUGAUUGGCGCGUCCAGUAUCUCGACUGGAUGAUUCGAGGGAUCCUACCCUCGAACCGUGCUCAGGCGCGGCGCCUCGCCAGGAGGGCCAAGUCCUUCGUUCUAAUCGACGACGUGCUAUACAAGCGCAGUCCCUCGGGCGUCAUGCAGCGAUGCAUCCCCGCCCCCGAGGGUAAGGAGCUGAUCCGCGACAUCCACGCCGGCAUCUGCGGCCAUCACGCUGCGCCGCGCACCCUCGUGGGUAACGCGUUUCGGCAAGGUUUCUAUUGGCCCACCGCGGUCGCCGACGCCACUGACAUCGUGCACACCUGCGAGGGUUGCCAGUUCUACGCUCGAAAGAUACACCUCCCGGCCCAUGCUCUGCAGACCAUCCCCAUCACGUGGUCGUUUGCCGUGUGGGGACUGGACCUCUUCACAGGCAAGAAGUUCUUUGCGUUCUGCGACAGUUUCCACAUACGUGUGGACUGGUCGGCUGUGGCGCACCCACAGACGAACGGGCAAGUGGAGCGUGCCAAUGGCAUGAUCCUCCAAGGACUGAAGCCAAGGAUCUUCAACAAGCUGAACAAAUUUGGCCGGAGGUGGCUCACGGAGCUACCCUCGGUCAUUUGGAGCCUGAGGACGACA